GGUGCCUCUAAACAAACAUGUCUCGAUCUUCUUCACGUUCUCGGAAUAAUUUGCCAUCAACGUCUGCUCGCAUUCGUAUCGCUAGCGAUAUAUCAGAACGCGAACAUGACAGAGAGGGACCUCUUCCUUCGAGCCUGAGUCUGCUGUCCGCCCGCAGACCGUCAUGGGCACCAGCUCCGUACGACAGUCACAACUCUCAAGACAGGAUCAUAGCGGGUCUUGCUUCAUACCGCGAUGUACCGACGUUGAAUGUGCCCAACCAAGCCGGCGACUCUUCGUCUCCUGAAAUCGAUGGAGGUAAUUUCCGCAGGAAUUUACAUAUUGACAUGAAGGACCUCGUUGGGGAUGCAGUGGGAAAUAUGAGCAUUAGUCCAGUUGGCCGCGAUAUUGUCCUCGCCGCCCGUCGAGGACUAUUUAUCAUUGACCUAGAGGCUCCCUUGGAAGUACCACGAUUUCUACCUCAAGGUGGCACCUGGGAAGUCGCAGACGUUCAGUGGAAUCCACACCGUGUCCGUGCGGAAUACAUUGUGUCGACAUCGUCGGAAAAGCUUCUUAUAUGGAAUCUCUUGAUGCCUGGAAAGAUGUCAAUAGAGCACAUUCUACGUUCACAUUACCGUGCUAUAACUGACAUCAACUGGCAUACUUUCGAGCCUGAGAUUGUAUCUAGUGUCGGAAUCGACUCCUGGAUAUGGACUUGGGACCUACGGGAAACUCGUAAACCUGUCUUAGGCCUCUGUGCGUUCAACGCGGGUGGCACACAGGUAAAGUGGAACCGCCAGGAUGCAAACGUGCUGGCGUCAUCACACAUGAACGAAGUUCUAAUAUGGGAUCGCCGGAAAGGUUCCCUCCCCACUGCGCGGAUACGGGCCCACAAUGCAAAAAUAUAUGGCAUCGACUGGGCCCACGCCCGUGUCAGUGAUAUUGUUACCUGUUCUCUUGACAAAACGAUAAAAGUGUGGAACGUCAAAGAAGCGAUAUCCACCGAAAUGGCUCAGCAGCACCCAUUGACCACGAUUACAACGCGUUAUCCCGUUUGGCGUGCGAGGGACCUACCGUUUGGAAGAGGCGUGUUGAGUUUACCACAACGAGGAGAGACGAUUCUGGAAAUGUGGGCCCAGCACAAUCCACUGACACCUGCUGAAGUGUUUGAGGGUCACGAGGACGUUGUAAAAGAAUUCGUUUGGCGGAAAAGCAGCAUAGGUGGCGAGUACCAACUCAUCUCCUGGUCAAAGGACCGGACGCUUCGCUUUUGGCACGUGGGCCCAGAUAUUAUGGAGAAAUUUGGCUGGAAACCAGGCUUUGCCGCUGCAGAAGCCCAACCUCAGAAUCUCUCUGAUCAUCGACAGUCAUUCCGACAUCCCCCACAAAGUUUAGAUCACGUCCCUACGCUUUCAGCGCCUAUUGGUUCCCGCAGCAUAUUGGCGGAAGUUCGCGCAGGUCGACCACCACCAUCACACAAACCCACGAAUCCGGUGCUACAACCUCACCAUGGUUCGGCGGCCCGUGGUAAAGGCAUCUUGCUUCUUGAGCCUGGGGCUGCUGCAUCUUUUCCACGUGGCCAUACUGUCCAGUCCACCUACGGCCACAACCACCGCCCGGUUCCAAUCCCAACUACGACAAUUACGCGGGGAAAAGCGAUGGGCGGUAGAUCGGCCAGGGUGGAUCCCUUUGCUUGGCUAGCGAGCGUGAGAGUUGAGAAUCGGAGGGAUGGGAGCUCUAGUAGCCGUGUCAGUUCUGGCUCAACUGCAUCACCCCAAAGGGAGAAUAAUGCAACAGCACGCAACGGGAAGCGUAAAAGAAGCCCUAGUAAAGUAAGGGAGAACAAGGACGGUGACGGGGAACAAAGCCUUUGGCCCGAGAUUACUUCUGUUCUUACCAAGCUAACCCCCUCUAACAAGAUUCGUCUGGAAAAGCACGAACUAACCAAACGGCGGACGUGCACGAUUGGGCUGCACGGCCCUUGGGGGGAAUCUUCGUCAGUGUUUGUUCGGGUUUCGUUCCGGUUCCCUAAGGGCUACCCUCAUGCGCCUCACCCUGAGGGCACACCAGAGGUCGAACUUGAACGAACGCCGUUGAUAUCCCUACGGACCCGAGCUUUCAUGCUCCGAAAGUUACGUGCUAUGCGUGAACGUCACCGACCUUGUUUGGAAGCAUGUCUACGCUUUCUCUUAUUCGGAGACGAGGACGAUCAAGUCAGUGCGUCAACCAGCUCGGAACCUUCUUCAGAGGACGAAGGCCCCGGACAACUUCCCCCCAAGUCAAGGAACUUCACGGCAUCCGUCUUAAGGAAUAAUAAUAAUUUAGCGGAGCCUCGCACGUCUCAGGGUGUCUUUGGUCCAAACGGUGAAUUAGUGUGUUUCUUUUGGUCACCGCCUCGAGAGGCCCGCAAUUCUGAGGUUGCAUCCUCAACAACUCAUUCCUUAUCUCCCCCGUCAUCUCGGCCUCUUUUUCAACCGCCUGCCUUGCUUUCUGAUGCCAUUCGUCGCCUUGCACUCGCUGCCGUCGAUCAACAGUCCGAAGGAGCGGACUUCCGACGUUCGAAUGAAAGCGACCAUACACUGCGAAUAAUGACGAAUCUCCUCACAUUUUCUGGGCAGAAGUCUAGGCAUAAUUCGGAUGGCCAUCCAGUCAAUGAUGGGCCCUCACACUAUGCAGCACCGGUCAUGCCUGCUUGCCGCAGUACCGUGUAUAUUAGACUUCCCGAUGACGUCAGCUUCUUUCGACGCAAGGUAGCCGCCGCGUAUGUUUUUGGCGCGGUCACGCUUCCCGGCUUAUGUGCCACAAAUGCACGUAUCGCCCAUGAACACGGUCAACUCAGCCAUGAACGGGUGUUCAGAACGCUUGAAAGUCUGCUUCUACCGCGUGAGGCAUCCGCUUCAUUUAACAUCUUCACCGUUGCUGGCUUGCAUAUAAUCGAAAAACUGCAUAAGCAGUUUUGUGUCAACUAUGACAUACAGAUGUUGGCCAUGAUAGCCGUCAUAUUGUUAAAGGCCUAUGCACGAGUCUCCGUACCAGUUAUCCGACGACCGUCGCCCAAGGAGCUUCCCUCUGCCGCCUCGAAGACGGACGACGACUACUUUAGUUUACCAGCGGUCAAGGACCCACGGGCAGCGGUGCUGUCCCCAGGUUGGCCGCGUCUUUCGUCUAUCUCUCCAACAGGUCCCAGCGCGCCGACGGCCGCGUCUUUGUUGUCGACGUCGAACUCAUCCCGUGGAUCGUGGUCUAGUUUAUUCAACACUGGUACGGUGAGGCAGCUAAUGUCCGGUGUCCAAGAAUCCACCGCGACUUCUCUCGACACUACGUCACCCAGACCGCCGCCGGCUCCGAUUCCUAUCGGGGAUAUCGUACCUCGACUGCCUAAUCCUGACUCACCACGACGCAAAGCACUUGGGAAAGACCCGUCGCCCUCCUCGACGACGCCUCUGUCGAAAUCUUGGUCAGAGUCGCACGUCAUACCUCUUUCGCGACCAUCGCUCUCGCAAUCUUCCAACCAGGCACGUCGACCGGCCUUUUCGCAAGUUGUCGAUGUCAAACAGGGAGCGUUGCAGAAGAAGCUGGUCAUUGUCGAAAAAGAACCAGAGAGCAAGGAGUCUACAAGAGCCUUCCUGCAACCCGACCAACUUGCACGAUUAGCAUGUCAUAUCGUAUCGUAUGCCGAAGUUUUGCUUAAGUGGCAGCUAGAUUCUAAAAGGCUGGAGCUCCUGAAUGCGGUGAAAACGUCAGAAUUCGUGAAGACCCCCCCUGUGUCGCAGCGAGAGUUUGGUUUUGAUGUUCAACCGACAUGCAAACGAUGUGGUCAUAAACAGGCAACAAAUGUGGAAACGUGUUCAUUUUGCGGUGCCCGACCCGGAAAGCCCUCGUGUUCGAUAUGUCGACUUCCGGUCAAGGGACUCUCAAUAUGGUGUGGACAAUGCCUGCAUAUCUCUCACGUCAAGUGCUGGCGUGACACUCAAUCUAACGUUUGUGGAUCUGGGUGUGGUUGUCCGUGCGGUGGACCCCGCAAACCUUCCUCUAGACAAGAUCCGAGCAUACACUCGCCUUCACCCCUAGUGGUUUGAUACAAUUACCCUAGAUAUAUGCACUGCAUCUGAUACCAUACGGUCGAGUGCAAGUCGAGUAGUCCCAUCACUGAUGACUUUUCAAGUGAAAGGCGCGAUUCGCCAGUGGUGUGAGUUCCCACGUAAUAUCGAUAGGUGGGUGUCGGCGGGGAACAACCUCUGGAACACCGGGGUAGCAGACCCACCGACGUAGCUUCACAGCAAAGCCUUGCAACCAAGGAGGUCCCGGGCGACCGACGCGAGCGCAACGACACUUUGCCACGAGACUGUCAGGGGCUUGCCCCCGGGUGCACAGUCGACCUGAUCUGAGCAACCCGGACACUCAUAGUAAAUAAUGGUUAUGAAUUCUGGAUGGCCGCGAGAGUAAUGCAGGAUUAGGUGUGCUAAAUGUGAUACUGUUGUCCUUAAUUGCAUGCGCUCGUGCCUUCGUAGCACUU